AACAGAGAGGAGAGAGAGACCGGGAUGGGUAAAAUAUGUGGCCAACAGUUCCACUACUCAGCACGUUCGCGUAUUUUUCAAAAAAUGAACAUUCAAUAAUACUAAGAGCUAAUCCAUUAUCCAAACCAUUAGAGCAAUAAAUAACGCAUAAAAAAAUUAUACGUUAAGUAUAUUCUUCAUCUUCAUAUAGUAAUCAAAGAAGUUUCUAUAAUCAUCAAAUCGGAAGCAAGAGAGAGAGAGAAGAAACAUGAACCCAGAUUCCGAUCACCCUCACCUCCCCACCAUCAAGAUCCACCACCCCUCCUCCCCUCGCCACUCCCACCACCACCACCACUCCUCCUCCACUCCCUCCGCCGCAACCCCCACCCCCACCGCCGGCGCCCGCCGUAAAAUCGGAGUCGCGGUCGACCUCUCGGAGGAAAGCUCCUUCGCCGUCCGCUGGGCCGUCGAUCACUACAUCCGCCCCGGAGACGCCGUCGUCAUCCUCCACGUCUCCCCCACCUCCGUCCUCUUCGGCGCCGACUGGGGCCCUCAGCCUCCUUCCUCCGCCGAUCAGACGCCUCCGAAGCCUAGCCAGGAGGAUUUCGACGCGUUCACGGCCUCCAAGGUGUCCGAUCUGGCGAGGCCGUUGAAGGAAGCGGGGUUCCCUCACAAGAUCCACGUGGUGAAGGAUCACGAUAUGAGGGAGAGGCUGUGUCUCGAGAUCGAGAGGCUUGGUUUGAGCGCUGUGAUCAUGGGGAGCCGAGGGUUUGGAGCUGAGAAGAGAGGGAGCGAUGGGAAGCUUGGCUCUGUUAGUGAUUACUGUGUUCACCAUUGUGUUUGUCCUGUUGUUGUGGUUAGGUAUCCUGAUGAUCGGGAUGGUCCUGGGAAUGGUACUCGGGAUGCUAUUGUCACUGUUAAGUCAGGUAGGGAUGAUGAUGGUGAAGAAGGACAUGAGGCUAAGGUUGCUGAUGCUCAUCAUGAACACAUCAAAGAUGAGUAAUGCGUCUUAGAGGCUCAUUGGAUCCACCCUCUUCACAGCAAGUUUGUUAGGUACCACUGAUGCAUGGAAACAAUGGGGUUUAAGCGGAUUUGUGCAGAGGAGUGUGUUCGUGUGUGUGUUUGUGCUAUCUUUUGCAAUCAAUAGGUCUCUGGAAUCUCCUCUGGAUUCAUUAUUAGUCCUCUUUUCUUUUAUAUGAUUCACCAUGUAUGAUUUUCACAUUAAAAACAAUGAAAUAGUUAGUAUGAACACUGAAACCCUUUAAGGAUUAUGAUAUUCAUCUUCAAUCUGA